ACCCACAGCUAAAUUCACUGUCGGACACAGCUGCCUGCAGCACGCCCUGCCCGGCCCGGCCCGGGGGGAUCGGACACGCGUGGGGCCGGUGUGGCCGCGCUGAAAAAUCACGGCGACAGAGACGGAGCCGGGGGCGCUGGUGGCGGCCGGAGGGUCCCGUGCGCGGCGCGCAGCGGGGGCGUGCAGUGCAGGCACCUCGUCCUGCGCCUUUAAGCCGUUAACCUUUCCCUGCCCGCGGAGAUAAGCCGGUGUGGAGCUGGGAAAGGCGCUGCUGCUCUUCCAUCCUGGUCUGGGACCAGACACCGCGAAUGAGCGAGUCGGGAGGCAGGGCUGUGGUGGAAGGGGAGCUUGUUGGUGAUACAUGCAGCCAGGACAGCGAGGAGCCUUACCAGAGGCCUAGCUAUACGUGGCUGGAAAAUUUGCAGCGUGGGGGCAGAGGCAUGUAGCUAAUUCAGAAAAAGAGGAAGUUGCUAUAAAUGGAGAAGAUGAAAAAGAACGGAAAGACCCCUAUUUUGUGGAAACGCCUUAUGGUUACCAGCUAGACCUGGAUUUCCUCAAGUACGUGGAUGAUAUUCAAAAGGGGAAUACCAUUAAGAAAUUAAACAUCCAAAAGAAGAGGAAAGCAAUACCAGCCUCUACGGGUACUAAGAACUCUGGUGGCCAUUGCAGUGGCUGGACCUCCACAGAGUCUCUCUCUUCAUCGAACAGUGAUGAGAACAAGCAGUCUUUUUUGGCAGCAAGGAGUCAAGUAACCUCAUCUGUCGCUGUGAGACCACUGGUUUCAUUUGAAGCAUCUCCCUCCUACUUGACCGUCCCUGAGAGUAAGCAGCUCCCUCCUCCCUCCCCACAGCUUCCUCGGCACAACCUCCAUGUGACAAAAACCCUCAUGGAAACGCGGAGGCGACUUGAACAGGAGAGAAUGAUGCAGGUCACGCCAGGAGAUGUCCGCAGGCCCAGACUUUCCAGCUUUGGGGGCAUGGGCUCAACAAGCUCCCUCCCCUCUUUUGUGGGGUCUGGUGGGUAUGGUCAUAUGUCUCAGCAGCUCCAGAACGGGUAUCAGGGGAGCGGAGACUACGGCGCCUGCUUCAGCUCCUCCUUGGGCAGUUCCAUCCGGCACAGCCCGAUGAGUUCAGGAAUUUCCACCCCGGUCACCAAUGUGAGCCCAGUGCAUCUGCAGCACAUCAGGGAACAAAUGGCAGUUGCUCUCAAGCGCCUCAAGGAGCUCGAGGAGCAAGUCAAGACCAUUCCCGUGCUGCAGGUCAAAAUUUCAGUGUUACAGGAAGAGAAGAGGCACAUGAUGGCAGAACUCAAAAGCCAAAGGAAACCCAGUCAAAAUGAGACAUAUGGUUUCAGAAAACGAUCUUACAGUGCGGGAAAUGCAGAGCAGUGGGAACACCUGUCUCAGGGCCGAAGAGGCGGAGAACUUUACAUAGAUUGUGAGGAUGAGAUGGACAGCAUGGAGCAGAGCUCUCAGAGGAUAGAGGAGUUCAGGCAGUUGACUGCUGAAAUGCAGGCGCUGGAGAAAAAAAUCCAGGACAGCAACUAUGAGAUUCCAUCAAACCUUAGGGCGAAUAGAGAAAGCCUGACAAAAGAGAGCCGAUCUGUUGCUGUUGGCGCUGAUGAAAACAUCAAUGACGUGGUUAUAUACAACAGAUCUUCAAGGCAACGCAGAGAAGUAGCUGUGGGGACAGAGAAAGAAAUGAGAGAGUCUGGGGUUGGGGUGACAGAGGCCAUGCUUGGCUUGUCUACAGAAGUUGAGAAAGAAAUAGAGCUUCAGCAGCAGACCAUCGAAGCCCUUAAGGAGAAGAUUUAUAGACUGGAGGUUCAGUUAAAGGAAACAACCCAUGACAGGGAAAUGACGAAAUUAAAACAGGAGCUGCAGGCGGCUGGGUCUAGGAAAAAAGUAGAUAAAGCCACGAUGGCUCAGCCCCUUGUCGUCAGCAGAACGGUGGAAGCCGUGGUGCCAACAAGAGACCAAAUGGUGGGAGACCACGUCAGCGUCGCCGAUUCGUCUGUGGGGAACCACCUGCAGAUGAGCAGCAUUGGCACCUCCUGCCGGCCCGUGGUACGGAGCACGGCAGUGGGCCCUGAGCUGCUGAUGACCCGCUGGAUUGUGAGGGAGAGAGCCGAGGUGCGGGACCAGUGCACGGGGAGGCAUGUGGAGCUGUACGACAAGCAGGUGGGUGUGGAGACAAGCGUCUGCGAGACGGGCGUCAACACGGAGGAGUCGGUGGGCAACCUGAGUCUUUGCAGGACGGCGCGGGAGGUCAGAGAGACGAGGUCGGUAGGCUGCGGGGACUGCUCGGUGGAUGUGAUCGUCCACUCCCCGAAGGAGUGCGUGUCCCGUGAGACAGCCACAGAGGCUGUGAGCAGGGCAGAGGCCACGGUCAUGGCCGUGCCGUCUACGGCCAGCCAGCAUACCAGCACUGCCUUGGAAACGGUGAGCCGGUGCACCAGUACGGAGGUACUGGUGUUGGCAGACUGCAGCACCAACACUGUCCCGAGCAGCCAUGAUAAGCAGACCAACACGGUGAGCGUGGAGACACGGACUGUGGCCGUUGGGGACGGGCGGGUGAAGGACAUACAUGUGUCCGCUAAAACGCGCUCGGUCGGAGUGGGGACCUUGUAUUCAAGUCACCCUGGCUUUGAAAAGCCCUCUGCGAUCAAAACCAAAGACUGUGGCGUUGGGCAGAUAAACAUUAAUGAGAACUACCUAGUUGGGCUUAAAAUGAGAAGCAUUGCCUGUGGACCCCCGCCGCUGGUGGUUGUGCCCGCUGGCACCAGGAGCAUCGGUGUUGGGGGUGAGCCGGUGUGCGAGUCCGUGAGCGGCCUUCUGGAGAGCCCUCUCCCUCCGCCGGAGCUGAGGACGGGCUUGGACCACUAUAUCGAGCGUGUGCAGAAGCUGCUGCAGGAGCAGCAGAUGCUGCUUGCCGAAAAUUACAGUGAAUUGGCUGAAGCCUUUGGAGAGCCGCACUCUCAGAUUGGCUCUCUCAAUUCGCAGCUGAUCAGCACCCUCACAUCUAUCAACUCCGUCAUGAAAUACGCCAGCACGGAGGAGCUGCGGAGCCUGGACCUUCAGAAACAGUGCGUGGAGAGAAGCACUGUGUCAGGUGCUACUUUGGAAUAUAUCCCUCAUGGCCAACUUGCAAAUGCCCACUUAACUUCAAAUUUGCGAGCGCUGAAAUUGGAGCAGGACAUUGUGCCCGCUCAGGAGGAGAGGAAGACUCCCCUGGUGGAAGCCGCUCGGGGAAGGAAGUCCUUUUCUCCUCAGGACAAAACUCUAGCUGCAAUUAACCUGACAGAUGACCAGCUUGCCUCUGGCCUCUAUGUAUGUAGUAACAAUGAAAACACACUCAAAUCUAUCAUGAAGAAAAGGGAUGGAAAAAAGGAUUUGAGCAACACCAAGAAGAACCUGCAGUUUGUCGGCAUUAAUGGCGGGUAUGAAACAACAUCCAGUGACGACUCCAGCUCAGAGGAGAGCUCCUCCUCGGAUUCAGAGGAGGAGAGCGAGGGCCACGCGUACCCUCAUGGCCACAGUGCGGAGGAGGAGGAGGAUCCUGCGCUCAGUGCCCCAGAGACUGGGGCCAUGGGGGCAGAGAAGGACAGGCCCCCACUGGAGUGCGAGGCCGAGGAAGUGGAAAUCAGAGAGAGAUACGAACUAAGUGAGAAGAUGCUUUCUGCUUGUCACCUGCUGAAAAACAACAUUGAUGACCCCAAGGCAUUGACCAACAAAGAUGUGAGGUUUUGUUUAAAUACCAUCCAGCACGAGUGGUUUCGUGUCUCAAGUCAGAAGUCAGCUGUUCCUGAAAUGGUUGGAGACUACAUAACUGCUUUUGAAGAGAUUUCUCCCACUGUCCUCAGACAUGUCAUCAACAUGGCGGAUGGAAAUGGAAACACAGCCCUGCAUUACAGCGUCUCUCAUUCUAACUUUGAAAUUGUAAAGCUUCUUCUGGAUGCAAAUGUCUGUAACGUAAAUCAUCAGAACAAGGCCGGCUAUACCCCCAUUAUGCUCGCCGCUCUCGCAGCUGUGGAAGCUGAGAAGGACAUGAGGAUAGUGGAGGAACUGUUCAGCUGUGGGGAUGUGAAUGCGAAAGCCAGCCAGGCUGGCCAGACUGCACUGAUGCUAGCUGUGAGUCAUGGGCGGAUAGACAUGGUUAAAGCUCUGCUGGCCUGUGGUGCAGACGUCAACAUCCAGGACGAUGAGGGCUCUACAGCUCUGAUGUGUGCUAGUGAACACGGACAUGUAGAAAUAGUCAAACUUCUGCUGGCUCAGCCUGGGUGUAAUGGCACCCUGGAGGACAAUGAUGGCAGCACAGCACUUUCAAUAGCCCUGGAAGCUGGACAUAAGGACAUAGCAGUUCUCCUUUACGCCCAUGUCAACUUUUCCAAAACACAGUCCCCGGGCACACCUAGGCUUAGCAGAAAGACAUCGCCUGGUCCUACCCACAGAGCAACAUUUGAGUAGUGGUGUGUGAAUAUCUGUAAAAAUCUUAAUGCCAUCUUCAAGCUGCUAAAUGUUACUGUUUUACUGAGACAGAUACUGAAUGUAAUUGUCUUGUGCCUGAACUCACCAGCAAAGUGAAAGCAGAGAUCUAGUGCUAAAGAUAGAAAACUACAAACUUGAAGCAAGCAUAUAGUGAGAUAGCACUCAGCUGAGAGCCUUAGCCAGAACUGUUCUUUUGCUCACCUACUCAUCUUUCCAUACACUGGCAUAAAUCAUGUUUUCUUUGCUAUAGAUUGUCCUUCCCUAUGUUGUAUACUGCCUAAAAGGUCUAAAGCUAUCCUUGCAGGGGUCCCAGUGGCUUGUUUUUAAUCGUUCUAAAAUAUUUAUACUUACUGUGCCUAGACUUUAUCACAGUAACAUUCUGAUAAAUUUCAUUCCAACACGAUUUCGAUGUUUUUAAUCAUUUUGAAAUUCAGAAGUUGCAGUUGCUUAAAUAGUGAGCUCCGUGGAGCUUGAGCUGGUGGGUAACUGGGUUAGAUACUGGGGAUAGGUCCUCUCAUGAGGUCAGAAGUUCACUAAGUAACUUGUUGCUAAUUGGGGAUAAUGUAUAACUUUUUAUAUGAAAGAUAAUAGUAUCUAUAAAAUUAACUCACACAGUAUUUUCAACAUUUUAUAUUCCUUGAUAAUUAAAAACUACAUGAAGAAUUACAUGUCAUGUUACCAUAUUUUUAUUAACUGUGUCAGUGUAUAAGCUCCAUACAUGUUUAUUGGAGAGUAAAAUUAGAGGUACCAGCUGUAUAUUCCCCUUGAGUGGAACUGAGUGUAGUUCUCGGUGCAUAUUUAUGGAAUGCUAUUACCUUGUCACAUUCACUUUAGUCAUGUGUAUUUAAAUGUUUGAAGUGCCUUAGACUCUUGCCAUAUUUUCAGAAUAAAAUUUCAUUAUGCUGUUUUA